AUGAAAAAAUAUUUUUUUCCUUUUAAAAAUAAAGGAAAUGAAACAAAGAUAAUUUUAUUAGAAGUAUCUAUUAAAAAUUGUCCAAAUUAUAGGGAAUAUCCACAAAUAGGAAUGAAUGAAAAUUAUGAAUUAGUAAUUAAUUCAAAUCGUACAGCAAAAAUUAUAGCUAAAGAAGUUUGGGGAGCAAUAAGAGGAUUAGAAUCAUUGAGUCAAGUUAUAACAUAUGAUUACAAUAAUAAUAUUUAUGAGAUGAGAACUUUACAUGUUAUUGAUAAACCAAGAUUUAAAGUAAGAGGAUUUUUAAUUGAUACAUCACGUCAUUUCUUACCAAUAUUUGUCAUUAAAAGACAUUUAGAUCUUAUGAAUAUGAAUAAAUUAAACUUACUUCAUUGGCAUAUAGUUGAUACACAAUCAUUUCCAUAUGUUUCUAAAAGAUUUCCUCAAUUAUCUAAAAAAGGAGCAUAUACACCAAAACAUACUUAUACAUUUAAAGAUAUACAAAUUAUUAUUGAUUAUGCUAAAAUUUAUGGCAUAAUUGUUAUGCCUGAAUUUGACACUCCUGGUCAUAUGGGUUCAUGGUAUGGUAUAGAUGGAUUAUUAACAAAAUGUUAUAAUAAAGAUGGAAAUGAAAGUAUGUCUAUUCAACCAAAUUUAAUAGACCCAUCAAAAGAAAGUAAUUUUAAAUUUUUAAAAGAUUUUUUUACUGAAAUAAAAAGUCUUUUUGUAAGUAAUUGGAUACAUUUAGGGGGUGAUGAAGUACAAUUUUGGGAAGAUAGUUGUUGGCUUAAUAAUCCUAAAAUUAAAUCAUUUAUGAAAGAGAAGGGAUUUAAAAAUGAUACAAAAUUAUUAGAAAGUUAUUAUAUACAAAGAUUAUCUGAUAUAAUUAGAAAUGUAAAUAAAAAUUGGAUUCAAAUAUUUUGGGAAGAAAUAUUUUAUUAUAGUACUGUUCCUAAAAAUUCUAUAGUACAUGUAUGGAGAGCAACAUCUAAAAAUGAUUUAUAUAAUUCAUUAAAUGAAAUAACAAAAAAAGGUUAUAAUGUUAUUGUAUCAGGUUUAUGGUAUUUAAAUUAUGUUCGUUAUGGUUCUGAUUGGAGGCAAAAUAAAUCUAAAGAUAUCAAUUCUUCUCCAGCUUUAUAUGAUGUUGAUAUACAAGGUUUUAAUGGAACUACAGCUCAAAAAAAUAAAGUAUUUGGGGGUAUUGCAGCUAUGUGGGGAGAAUAUAUAGAUCAGACAAACAUUGAAUCAACAUCUUGGCCAAGAGGAUCAGCUGUCGCAGAAAAAUUAUGGAGUUCUCAAAAUGAAAGUAAUAAUGCAGACAAUGAGAUAAGACGUUUUCGUGAACAUAGAUGCAGAAUGUUAACUAGAGGAUAUCAAGUUUCUCCAACAGAUGGUCCUGAUUUUUGCACUAUACAUUAG